GUCCACACAGUGAUUAUUAGUAAUAUUAUAAUUAGGCAAAGGAGCACAACUGCCAUGGAUCGCAGUACUUUUGUUGAUGGAGCAAAGGGUUGGCGAAGGUGAUACUGGAAUGACAUCACUUGAUAAUCAGACUAAAGUCAAGGGUGACCUUUCUGAUGAACUAGAGUCGGAAACUAUUCAACCCACUGAAGAUGGUUUGGUAACAUCAAAAGUAGAGGGCGCCACGUGCACAUCAUCAAAGGGAGAUAAUGCUGAGGAUGAUAGUACCAGAGCAUUACUAAGGGGCUUUGCUACCGAUACGCCGGUAGGUGGCGCUACAGCAUCAGACGAUGAUACGAAAACGCUGCCAACAGUUUCUGUUAGCGGUCUGUCGGUAAGCGUUGCUACGACUUCCGUAAAAGAUGGCACCGAAUCCCAAUCAGCAGAGCAUUCGAAAAUACAAACAGAUUUGAUAAAAAAAACAUUGAAUGUGAAUAGUGAUACUGUUAACAGAAUUCUGGGAACGAUCUUUGGACAAUGUGUUGGAGACGCUAUAGGACUGCUAACAGAGUUCCUUACAAAGAAGGAAUGCAAAGAGCACUACAAGGCGAUGAAGAAAGAACUGGAAUUUUCCCACAAGAUUGAUGACUGUCAUCGUACCGGUUGGAAAACUGGUGACUGGACAGACGAUUCUGACCAAAUGAUUCUCAUAUUUCUGUCAAUCAUCGAAAACCACGGCACGGUAGAUCCAUUUGAUUUUGCUAAACGAAUAAAGGAUUGGGGCGCUAAAGGAUUUCCGGAGUUGGGGGAUAAUGUUGGAAUGGGACAAGGGAGGACAACCUAUUUUACAAUCAACAGGAGGGAUUUCCUUGAUGACCCGUAUGCCGCGGCGGAGCGGGUUUGGACGCGUGGUGAUAAAACAGUAGCUUCCAACGGAGCUGUGAUGAGGACAAGUAUCAUAGGAGUUCACAUGUAUGCAGAUAUAGACUUCGUCAUGCAUAACGCAGCCAACAUUGCUAGAACAACUCAUGCGGAUCCCAGAUGUCGAGCAUCAGCCGUGGCUGUUUGUGUGGCUAUAGCCUUGAUGUUACAGCGACAACCACAACAUUUGGACAAGAAAGGAAAUUAUAACAUAAAAGCAAUCAUCAACGAGUGUUACGACUACGCAUCAAAGUAUCUGGAAACUGACGAGAAAAAAAAAGAACUUAUGUCAUACCUAAAAUGUACCAAAUUGAAAGAGUUAAAACUAGAUGAAUCAGGGAAAAUUGGAUACACCUACAAGACUAUGGGUUCCGGUUUCUGGGCCUUAAAACAAGACAACUUCGGGAAGGCGAUUACAAAACUUAUUAUGGAGGGUGGAGACGCUGAUACUAAUGGUGCUGUGGCUGGAGCAAUGCUUGGGUGUAAACUCCGUGUUGGGUCCAUACCUACCUGUUGGACACAGAAUUUACUGCACAAGGAAUGGCUGGAGACCAUUAUUGACAGGUAUUUCCAUAUGAUGAAAGAGGUACACAAUAUUGACUUCACGCCAUAUUGGACAGGGCAUUUGUCAUGAUUGCUAAUGUGGACCACCUUUAUAAUAUAGGGAAACCAUUGUGGAAUCGUAGCAGACAUGUUAGUAAACAGUACAUAUUUUAUCAACAGAUCUAAGAAUACAAAAAAACAACAACAAAAAACGUAAUAAUAAUUUAGCGAAAUAAGAGGAUAACAAAUAAUAUGUGUGUAUUCAGCACAUUAUUGUUUUAUUAUUGAUAACUUUACACUGCAUUUUGAUCAGGGAUGUCAAUGGAGACGGGUACAUUUAACUGAAACCUCUUGUGGACAAUAUUUUGAUGUGUUUAUUCAUACGAAAUACUGCUUCUCGAGAGAAGUAGCUUUUACCGAUACUCUAGGUAUUACAUCUAUAAUGAAGAUUAUGUGAUACCGCAGAUUCUAGAGAAAAAAUACUUAUCUGGAGACAUAUGCAAUAUACAAAUUUAUCCUAAUCAUAUUUUGUAGACAUUGUCACGAGUUAAACGUUUACUGCUGCCAUCAAAAGAUUGCCUUAUUUCUGUCCUUUUUCUUGUUGUACAAUUUAAAAUACCAUGUGUAAAUAGAUCAAAUUUGAACAGAUUAUUUUGAAAUAAAUUUUAUUUUCAAUUGGAUAUUAAGAUAUUGAUGUACGUUAAAUGUUCCACUGACAAAGAAUAAAGCAUUUACAUUUUGUAUUAAACUCUGCCUCUUUAAUGGAGACCCAUGUUGUUUGAGAGUGACUAUGACAACAUUGGAAUGAUAUGGCUUAUACAUAUAAGGUCGUGCUAAAGUAAAUAUAUGUUCAAGUUAAUUAUAUUUCGCGAGUUAAGAACCGCGAAAAUACUUGGCCCUUGUCGUCAAAACGAUAUUAAUUAUACGCAUCUAUAUAACAGGUGUAGUACGAACAAAACACCGUCUUUUAUAUUUUUCCAGUUUGGCUAAAUAAGUAUUCAUUUGAUGAAGAAAAAAAUGAGCUUCUUUCAUUUGCUUUUGAUUUACAAGGUAUAAUCUAAUUAUUUGAGUAGUCUAUGAUUUCCCUUUUCUAUGGGGAACUGUCGGUACUUUCCGUAAAUGAAAAAGACAAUUAAUAUGACCACAUCAAUGCUACACCAGGAGCGCUAGUAUUCUGUCGCGUAAGAAAAGUGCAGAUACAUGGAGGUCUCGAUUGUUGUUUCACAAUGAAUGUAUAUUACAAAGACAGGUAUUGAUGAAAUGUUGAUGAAUAUGUGUUAUUGCUAGUCUAUCUGAUUGUGAUCAUGCAUGUGAACAUAUAUUGUGUUGUUUAUAAUGUGUAUUGAAUAAGGAACAAAAGCCUUAUCUGAAUAAAUAAAACAUGUUAAAGCUUUGACACCGA